GAGACUCGAGAGCAGUUCGCCCGUUAGCACGGAACUAUCGACCGCAGCGCAGAAGCAAAAGCCCCAAUCCCCUCCGCCUCCGCCGCCGUUCUUCUCCGUCCGCCUGCGCUCCAGCCGUGCCCUUCUCGUCGCCACCCACCGGCCUCGAGCUCCCCAGCCACCGGCAACCGGAGGCGGCGCCAUGUCUCAGAACAACCCCUCCCAGCUCCUCCCCUCAGAGCUGAUCGACCGGUGCAUCGGAUCUAAGAUUUGGGUGAUCAUGAAGGGAGACAAGGAGCUCGUCGGCACCCUCUGCGGGUUCGACGUCUACGUCAACAUGGUCCUCGAGGACGUCACUGAAUAUGAGUAUACUGCCGAGGGCCGGCGCAUUACGAAACUUGAUCAGAUCCUCCUCAAUGGCAACAACAUAGCCAUCUUAGUUCCUGGUGGUUCACCGCCAGAUGCUGCAUGAGCUAGCAAGCACUUCUGGAGGAUAUCUGUUUGAGGUGAAACUAGACGCGGUGAAGUCUGGACCUUGUAUUGCGAAAGCGCUAGAUGUUUCUUGGUCAAAUGUGCUUUCCUCUGUAUGAUGGAACCUACUGGGCUGAAAGAUGCACCUGCGAUUGCUGCACUUGUAUGACUUAGCAUUCGGCAAUGCUAAUUGUGACAUGUCUCUA